AUGGUAAUGGGGAAUCUCGUCCUCAGUGCUGCGGCUUGUCUUGGGGUAGUAGGAGUGAUUGCUCGGGCUCACCUUUAUAAAUCCAAAGAGUGGUCUUCCUCUUCCACCUUCCCCGCCCACUUGGAGACUUCGGGGGCACUUCAUACCCCCUCGCAAGUAAAGUUCCUCAUUUUACUCGUCACUUUCAAUGCUAAUCGUGUCACCUCGCUGAUAAGUCCAUUUCUCACUGUAGCAGGAUGGAUCGACGAGUACGGUCCUCUGAUCACCAUUCGCUCUGGAACUGAGAAAAUCGUUAUUAUCGGCCGUCACAGCGUCGCGGUGGAUAUCAUGGAGAAGCAGGGCGCCUCACUAGCUGACCGACCUCGCCUCAUUGCUGCUGGAGACAUGCUUGGCGGCGGGGUGUCCACCGUCCAUACACCCGCUGGAAGCUUAUGGCGUCGGAUGCGUAGAGCACUUCAUGCGCAUCUCCACCCUAGAGCAACUGAGGAAUAUCAGCCUCUGCAGAUGUCAUACGCAAAGGACACCGUCCUCAAUAUCCUCAAAGAUCCAUACAACUUUCACAACCAUGCGGCAACUUACGCUGUAACGAUCGUUACGAAAGUUGCGUACGGGAAGACUACGCCCAUGUCUGCGACUGAUUCCGUAGCCAGACGAGUUCGCGAGCACUUCCAAAUCCUUCGUAGAGCCAUACGCCCCGGUGCUUACUUGGUGGACUCCAUCCCAUGGCUCAAAUACAUUCCUUGGUAUGGCCAAGAACUGAAAGAGGGUUUCGAGAAGAACCGACGGCUGUACAUCUCUCAGCUGGACCGCGUGAAACAGCAAAUGCAGAGCAACGCGGACAUCGGUCCUUCAUUCGUUAAACAUAUGCUGGAAGGUGUCGAAGUCCACGGUUUGACAGAGCUGGAGAUGGCUUUCACUGCUGGCGGCUUCUUUGCAGCUGGAAUUGAUACGACUACGUUGGCAAUAUGCACGGUGCUCAUGGCAGCCGCAUGUUUUCCCGAGGAGCAAGCUAAAGUCCAGGCCGAGCUUGACGCGGUUGUAGGAAGUCACCGAGCACCGACCUUCGCUGAUGAGCAGUCCCUUCCUCGACUGUGCGCCUUCGUCUCUGAGGCUUUAAGAUGGAGACCCCUUGUUCCCGGCGGGGUGGCUCACCGAACGACUAAGGACGUGGUUUGGGGAAACUAUUGCAUGCCAGCUGGAACUACGGUGGUCGGCCAUCAUUGGUCCAUCUCUCAAGACCCAGAUGUCUUCCCAGAGCCUG